AUGAGCUUGACAAAAUCAUCUAUAGUUAAACCCUACGCACGAUAUUCCGAUGCCACAAACUGCUCGGCUCGAUGCAACACCCUCGAACCCGGAAAAAAAAGAAAGAGCUCUUCAAGGCUUCCUGGCGGAAACUGGAUCGUCAAUGGUGACAAUGCGAGAACAUCUACUACUACUUACGCCUCUACAAUAACCUCCCAUGAUGACGUAGAGAAGGAUUAUAUCGAAGCUGUGUGCGAGAGAUACGAAUCAUUCCCGUCUCACGCUGUCGCUUCUACGCCGCCAACCUUUGCCGACCUAUUUCCGUCCGGCAGAAGACUUUUGAUUAAACACGAUGAUACGACCCGUGAUGGGAACCUAAACCUACGUAUAUCCACACUUGUGACGGAAUCUCGAGGUAGGCAAUGCGAGAUAAUCCUUUUUCACUUGCGAAUGAUGGACUUGGAGAAGAGAAAGUUUUCUCUUAGGCGAUAUUGUCGACAAUCUGGGAGAGAAGUUUGCCAUUCCUCGAGGAAAUAUGAGCAGGAUAUUAAUGAAAAGCGAUGCAUGUCGUCGUGGGCCACCGCUUUCUCCCCAUUUCGAACAAAAUUCGAUUCUCCGGAUGCCCUGUUCAAUCAUUUGAGAAGGCAAGACUCAGGCUAUAAAUCGGGGGUGGAAGAUGAUGGGCUACAUGAAGAGAAAACAUUCCCUCUAGAUGAUUUUUCUCGCCUACAGAAAGCCCCAAUCCCAACCAAUAUAGUGAAGCUCGAUUUUUCUAACUACGCUCACGUGGACGUCAAGAGAAAGGGAUCAAGAGUGUCAAAGCGAUAUGAUUAUGAGUACUGGAGCACCAAGUAUCAGUGGAGAAGAUCAAUUCGCUGCCAAAACGGGUCAGAAGAAGUGUCUUACCAUUUAUAUGAUCUCAACAGACCUAAACCGGUGGCGCAUAUUAUCCCCGAUCACUUAACCCCGAUGGCAGCACUCGUCGAGGAAAGCAAAGGCGGUUGGAUUCCACCCUCGUCCUUCUGCAUCAGCGAUUCGUCAAUCUUCGGAAAAAUGAGUGACAUCGCAGAGUGA